AUGAUGCCUUUGAGCAAGUUGAAGGCAAUGUCCGUGCACGGGAGCUCUGCUAGUUCUCUCAGCAAAGAUCUUUAUUCAGAUGGCCCAGUCGACACGGAUGACUUGGAUGAGAAUGAUGAGUCAGGGCAGAAUAUCUUACUGAACAUUAUUUCCCAGUUGAAGCCCGGCUGUGACUUGUCUCGCAUAACACUGCCAACGUUUAUUCUGGAGAAGAAGUCGAUGCUGGAAAGAAUCACAAACCAAUUGCAGUUUCCCGAUCUGAUUUUGGAUGCACACAAUGAGAAAGAUAAGCUUCAGAGGUUUGUCAAAGUGGUCAAGUGGUAUUUGGCCGGUUGGCACAUUGCACCCAAGGCUGUCAAGAAGCCCCUAAAUCCUGUGCUGGGGGAGCACUUUACUUGCUACUGGGAUUUGCCAAAUAAACAACAAGCUUUUUACAUUGCAGAACAAACAAGCCACCAUCCUCCUGAAUCCGCCUAUUUCUACAUGAUUCCGGAAUCAAGAAUAAGAGUUGACGGUGUGUGCAUACCUAAAUCCAGGUUCUUAGGUAAUUCGACGGCUGCCAUGAUGGCCGGGCUAACCGUCUUACAAUUUCUCGACCUCACUGACUCAAACGGGAAACCUGAAAAAUACACUCUUUCCCAACCUAACAUGUAUGCUCGAGGCAUCCUGUUUGGUAAGAUGAGAAUUGAGUUAGGAGAUCAUAUGAUUAUCAAAAGCCCGGAUUAUGAGAUAGACAUUGAUUUCAAAACGAAAGGCUUUAUAUCUGGAACAUACGAUGCUAUUGCGGGCACUGUAAAGGACAAGAAUGGUAAAGAAUACUAUGAAAUCACAGGGAAAUGGAAUGAUGUCAUGUAUAUUAAAGACUUGACCGAUAAAAACUCAAGGAAGACUAUUCUUUUCGACACGCAUAAAAGUAAAGUAAGCAAGCCGAAAGUACGUCCAUUAAAUGAACAAGGGGAAUACGAAUCUAGAAGAUUGUGGAAAAAGGUUAUAGAAGCAUUGGCUGCUCGCGACCAUGAAGUGGCCACCGAAGAAAAAUACAAGAUUGAAAGCUAUCAGAGAGAGCUGGCAAAGAAGCGGGUUGAAGACGGUGUAGAAUUUCAUCCGAAAUUAUUCAGGCGAGCUAAACCAGAAGAGGAUUUGGACUACUAUAUCUAUAGGAAAAUUCCCAAUGGCGAAGAUUACGAAGAACAAAUUAAAAGCAUCCUAGAAAUUGCGCCGAUCUUGCCAGGACAGCAGUUCACAGAGAAGUUUGCAAUCCCUGCACACAAGAAAAGUCAGCUGCAAGAAAAAGAACUCUCGAAAACCUCACGGUUAGAAUGA